CCUAAUGAAAUUUCAAGGGUUUUCCAAAGGUAUGGUCCUGACCAGAUCAAAUUGGAAUUUCUUCCGAAAAUUAAUUGCAUCGAGGUUCCGAAUUCGGGCUUAAUUCACUGUGCUUCAUCUUCAACUUUGCAGGCGCGACGCUGAAAAUGAUUUGUGCGAAUCAGCUGCUGGAUAACAUGGUUCACUGAGCUAGAUAGUAGUACAAGAUGAAGUACGUGAGGCCGUUGAAUUUAUUUCGCGAUUUGUUAAAGGGAAAUGCCCUUGAACGUGGCCGUUUCUUGGGUUUAGAUGUUGGUGAUAAGUAUGUUGGUUUGGCCGUCUCUGAUCCAGAUAAUAAAAUCGCAUCGCCUCUUAGUGUUUUGUUCAGGAAGAAAACCAAUAUGCAUCUGAUGGCUCUGGAUUUUCAGAGAUUGAUCUCUGAACUUUCUCUGUCAGGGUUCAUUGUUGGAUACCCUUUCGAUGGACAACGACGCAACGCCGAUGCUGUGCAAGUGAAGAUCUUCAUCGAUGACCUUUGUAAAACUGGAAAACUUGAAGGCGUAAAAUAUACUUUUUGGGAUGAGUGCUUUACAUCAAAGAAUGUGGAACUUCUGAUAAAGCCAUUGAAACUGCCUCCUAUUUUGUCAAAGACAAUAAUUGACAAGUUUGCUGCGGUUGGAAUACUUCAGGGUUACUUGGAUCAUUUUAACAGAAGACCAGAAUUGGACGAGAGGUAAAGUAAGAUGGGUCAUAUGGGAUGAUCAGACACUUGAUACUCUUAGAUGGAACGAUGUGUUUUAAAGCUCAGUCCAAAAAGGGUCGCUGGUAAUUCUUCGAUAUCGUCGUUAAUUUUAACUCAAGUGAGUGAAUCAUGUGCUCAAACUCGAGUAGUCAGCUUAUUAGGCUCCUCUUUUUUGGAAUUUUGCUUAUGAAAAUUGAGAUCAAGUGGUUGUUAUUUCUAAAUGAUUAGUAAUGACACCAAUGAGACCAUAUAAUUUAUUUUACGAAUCAUGCUCUUAUAUGUUAAAAA